AUGGUGAGCUCGUCGACUCAGCAGCAGCAGCAGCAGCAAGCGCUUCAUGAUAUCCACUUGCAAUUUGCAAGUCUGAAGCUGCCAGGGCAUUGUCCUCCUGGCGUCUAUGUCCAGCAGGAUGAGCAGGAUCCUCUGACUCUACACGGCGUCCUCUUCCCUCCCUCUGAAGGAAUUUAUCGCGGGGGCGUGUUUCGCUUUCUUAUCGCUUGGACGGGGAGUGUCUUGCCCUCUGGCUCUACCGGAGAAGGAGGCGGAGGAGGGAAGAGCAAAGGGAGCAAGGCCAAGGGACUCAUUACCUCCUUCCCACGGGUGACCUUCCAGGAGGGAGUGGGACAUCCAUUGAUUAGCAGCGACACCCGCCUCCUCUCCCUCUCUCCACGCUUCCCAACCUGGCGACCCAGAACAGACACCCUCCCGCACCUCCUCUACUACAUCCGUGACGUCUUCAGCGCUCAAGCGCUCGAGGAGAUCGCGACUAAGGAGACAUGGUGGACAGACAAGGAGAUUGGAAGGCUCCUCCAAACCCGCCCCGCCACCUUUGAGAAGCUGGCAGCGCAAAGCGUCACCCUCUCCUCCUCGCGCGCUGUCUUACACUCUUCGCCUCCAGCAGGCGGCAAGGAGCCUUGGUCUCGAGGAAUCGGUUUUCCCGAGAUGGGGGAGGAGGAAUUGGAGGCGGUGAGGAGGGACAUCUUUGGUUGA